AUGGAGCCCAUUCAUCUUGCUUCAACUGAGACUCCAGUCACGCAGCUGUCUCCCUCACCCUCACACCAGCAUUUUCCUAGUCAGCAGGCAGAGAGCAGUGGGCUGGACAAACAAAUGCAAGACUCAGGUGUCUUGAGCGAAUAUUUCAAGAGUGCUCAGUGGUCCCCUGAUGGCACAACCAUCUUGACAGACUCCUCUGACCACAACAUCAGAACCUACAUUGUCCCCCAGGAUCUUCUCGAAGAACGACAGUCUCCCCAUCGGCUUUCUCCUUAUUCUGUCUUGCCCUCUGGAGAGCCAACUUACGCAUCUGCCUUCUACCCCUUCUUCUCGCUUCAGGAGCCGUCGUCUGCCUUGUUCCUUUCGUCUGUUAGAGACCAUCCCAUUCGAUUGGCUUCUGCUCUCUCCCCGACAUCGCUGGCGACCUAUUCUCUUGUGAACCCAAUGACCGAAGCCUUCAUAACACCUCAUUGCAUUCUUUACCCUACUGCCUUGGGCGGAACUCACUUUCUCACUGGAUCGGAUAGCCUUAUAUGCCUUUUUGAUGUUUCUCGGCCCGGGAAUGAGGGCCCUGUGACUUGUAUGCCCACAAUACCAAGCAAGCGCAAACAGUUGGUUGGCGGAGGCAUUGGAAUGAAAGGUAUAGUCUCUGCGCUGGCGCUAAGUCCGGAUGAGGGCGGAAUCCUGGCCGCCGGUACGUUCUCGCGGAACAUCGGGCUUUAUGAUUCAAAUGGCACAGGGCAAUCUCUUGGGACAUUCAGUGUCUCGAAGAAUGAAGCCGAUCGUCACAUCGGUGGAGGCGGGGUUACUCAACUUCUCUGGAGCCCUUGCGGACGAUACCUUUAUAUAGCGGAACGCAAGAGCGACGGCGUUCUGAUUUAUGAUAUCAGAGUUACCGGGCAACUUCUCGGAUGGCUUCGAGGGCGCAACGCUCUUACAAAUCAAAGGAUGAAGAUCGACUUGGUUCCAACGACGGACGGUCACGGCCCCGAGAUAUGGGCUGGCGGCACGGAUGGCGUAUUGCGAUCCUGGAGAGACACUGUACAUACCGUUGGAGCGCAGGAUCCGACCUGGGAAUGGAAGGUUCAUAAUGACUCAGUGAGCAGCACUGUCAUGCAUCCGAUGGGCAAUAUUAUGGCCACAACGUCCGGCCAAAAGCGCCCGAGAGAACACUUGGAUGAUAUGGGCGAACUCCCCUUGAUUCCAAGUACUGAAAGCUCGUUGGAUGUGUGGCUUCUUCCUGGUGUAUCUAAGUCUUGGACAAGAUCGUCCUCAUCGUCCUAG